CGCGUUCUUAUAUUAAAACGAACUCCCUCUUUGGCUUCUUAUAGCAACGUACAGCAUUUUGCUUUUUGUUAUAUUCAACACUUUGAGACCACUUUCUCUGCUAGUUUCAGCUUUGGAAAUUUCACCAUUUAUAAGAGUGAAGGUGUUUUGACGCUGUGAGGCGUCAGGAUUUCAGUGAGAAUCAAAUUAGCUGGUAAAAGGGGGAAAGAUGGAUUACGUCUAUGGACCAGGAAGGAACCAUUUGUUUGUUCCAGGGCCUGUCAAUAUUCCAGAACCAGUUAUUCGAGCAAUGAAUCGGAACAAUGAGGAUUACCGUUCUCCAGCUGUUCCAGCUUUAACCAAAACCCUUCUUGAGGAUGUCAAAAAGAUUUUCAAGACAACUACAGGAACUCCUUUUCUAUUCCCAACCACAGGUACUGGUGCAUGGGAGAGUGCACUCACCAACACAUUAUCUCCUGGAGAUCGAACUAUUUCUUUCCUGAUUGGACAAUUCAGCUUGCUUUGGAUUGAUCAGCAGCAGCGCCUUGGCUUCGAUGUUGAUGUAGUCGAAAGCCAGUGGGGUCAAGGUGCCAACCUUGAUAUUCUUGCAUCAAAACUUGCAGCGGAUUCAGCACAUACCAUUAAGGCUGUCUGCAUUGUCCAUAAUGAGACAGCUACUGGAGUCACCAACGACUUGGCCAAAGUGAGAAAAAUACUUGAUGACUACAGGCAUCCAGCUCUGUUUCUUGUUGAUGGAGUGUCCUCCAUAUGUGCUCUUGAUUUCCGUAUGGACGAAUGGGGCGUAGAUGUGGCUUUAACUGGCUCUCAGAAGGCUCUUUCCCUUCCUACGGGGAUGGGUAUUGUCUGUGCAAGCCCCAAAGCUCUUGAAGCAUCAAAAACUGCGAAAUCAGUUAGGGUGUUCUUCGACUGGAAGGACUAUUUGAAGUUCUACAAAAUGGGAACAUUUUGGCCAUACACCCCUUCCAUUCAGUUGCUUUAUGGACUUAGAGCAGCUCUUGAUCUCAUUUUUGAGGAAGGACUGGACAAUGUGAUUGAAAGGCAUGCUCGUCUUGGCAAGGCAACAAGGCUUGCUGUGGAGGCAUGGGGCUUGAACAACUGUACCCAAAAGGAGGAAUGGUUCAGUGACACGGUGACUGCUGUCCUUGUUCCUCCAUAUAUUGACAGCACAGAAAUUGUUAAGAGGGCAUGGAAAAGAUACAAUUUGAGCUUGGGUUUGGGUCUUAACAAAGUUGCUGGAAAGGUAUUCAGAAUAGGGCAUCUUGGCAACCUAAAUGAGUUGCAACUACUGGGUUGUCUAGCUGGAGUGGAGAUGAUACUGAAGGAUGUGGGUUACCCAGUCAAGCUGGGAAGUGGAGUAGCAGCAGCCUGUGCUUACCUGCAGAACAACAUCCCACUAAUCCCUUCCAGAAUCUGAUUGAUGUUCAUGUCCCUUCCAGUAUAGUUAUUCUUUUUUUCCUUUCUUUCGCACUUUUUCACUUCAAAGAACUCUGUAAAAUAUUCAUAAUCUUUUCUUCUGCUCGUACUCUUUCGAGGUUCAGAUAAUCUUCUAUGUAAAUCUUUGCUGCUUAGUUAUCCUGUUCCUGAACCAGUCUUCAACUAUAUAAUAUCCCCUCUAAUAGUUGCCUUCUA